UUCCCGUAAUAAUACCGUCGUAAUCGGAGCAGUCAGCUGUUGUGUCAAAGUGAACAUCCUUAACCAACAAAUUGCGCGGAUAUUCGGACAGCCUUGUAGGAGCUGGUGGAUCCGUGCCAAAGUGAUUCUGACGCAUACCAGGACGAUCGACCGGCCUAUGUUCGAUAGCACGACGGAGAUACGUGACACUUAUUAGCUUAAUUAUUUCACUCGUAAUGAAUCACUCGAAUGACAACGGAUGAAACGGCAAUGAAUGAGCGUUAUUGCCGCAGUCACAACGUGCCAUUGUGAACAUAAGGCAAAAUAUGUUCUACAGUAACGCAUAACGUUUCGUACUACUUCUACCAGAAUGUUUAAAGAAAGUGAAAAUGGCGUUGGAGGCUGUAACGGUGUACCACCUCGUCCUCGGAGAUUAUUUCCCCGAUUUUCCCUGCGAAGAUUAUUAUAUUCUAGCCCGCUUAUUGGUCGCCGUAUUACAAGAACGCCUAGUGCGAGUAAUAGAAAUGCAAAAGCUAAAGAUCAAGCAAGCAGCAGGACGACGGAUGUUGAAAAAGGAGAGGCCAGAGUAAGCAACGGUUCGAGUCAUUUCCAAUUUCAUAACAUCGAUCUACAGCGUGCUUCCAGCAAAGGCUCUGUACUUUCUUCUGCAGGAAAGAGUAACGAGAACGGAUUAAUGGAAUGUCCAUUAUGUUUGGCCGAACUGCCAGUAGAAUUUUUUCCAAUUAUUCAGUCUUGCCACCAUCGUAGUUGUUACGAUUGUUUUCAACAAUAUCUGAAAGUAGAAAUCUCCGAAUCCAGAGUUAAUAUCGCUUGCCCUGAGUGUUCAGAACCAUUGCACCCAAAUGAUAUUCGGAUGAUUCUAAAUGACCAAACGCAGUUAGAGAAGUACGAAGAUUUUAUGGUUCGAAGAGUACUUGCUGUAGAACCUGAUGCAAGAUGGUGUCCCGCUCCAGAUUGCAGUUUUGCUGUAAUCGCUAGUGGUUGCGCUUCGUGUCCAAAAUUACGUUGCGAACGACCGGGUUGUGAUUCAUACUUUUGUUAUCAUUGUAAAGCACGGUGGCAUCCUAAUCAGACGUGUGAUGCUGCCAGAGCACAACGAUCUCAAUAUUAUGAGCGCAGUUCUUCUUUAAGUUUCAGUCAAACUGAUUCUCAACACAGAGAUGAUAUAAAACCAUGUCCUAGAUGUCAAGUUUUGAUUGUGAAAAUGGACGAUGGAAGUUGUAAUCAUAUGACGUGUGCUGUUUGCGGCGCUGAAUUUUGUUGGCUUUGCAUGAAGGAAAUUAGUGAUCUUCAUUAUCUGAGUCCUUCUGGCUGCACUUUUUGGGGUAAAAAACCAUGGUCCAGAAAGAAGAAAAUUCUUUGGCAACUUGGAACUUUAGUAGGAGCACCAAUUGGAAUUGGUCUCGUCGCUGGAAUAGCAUUUCCAGCCAUGAUCAUAGGUAUACCUGUAUGGGUGGGGCAAAAAUUAUAUACAAGAUAUGAGAAGGCUAACAAGCAUAAGAGAAAUGCCUUUAUCGCAGGUGGAGUCACUGCAUCGGUCUUGGUGUCACCAGUAUUGGCGGGAUUAGCCGUGGGUAUUGGCGUACCCAUUUUGCUGUUCUAUGUCUAUGGGGUGGUUCCAGUAUCUCUCUGCCGAAGUGGAGGCUGCGGUGUCUCGACGAGUGGUACCGGGGUACGAUUUGAUUUUGACGAUGAGAAUGAGCUGAUGGGGGCUCUAGGCGUUCGCAACGGCGGAGAUGCGGCAUCAAUAGAUGUCGCGAGUCACCGCGGUGGCAAUCCUUCGAUAGGGGAGGCUUCGCUUUCAUUGGGUAGUGGUAGUCAGUUGGAGAAAUUAGGACGAGAAAAUGACCGUGAAAGCGCUAGUAACGUAGCUCUUGCUGGUACCAGCCUUGCGGGAAGCAUAGCUUCAAGCGUAUUACCCGGAGGCCAAAGAUUGGAGGUCCAGGCUGACGUUACGUCUACUCAACGUUUUAGUUUAUGUAGUGAGACGGCUUCUGCGGCUACUAGUUUAUCUGAAAAAUCCGUAAACGCUUCCAUCGCUCUGGACGAUGGCGCGGCUUCCACGAGAGCCUUAGCUGGUUCCGUUCUUAACUUUAAGAUGGAUGGUAGUUCGAUCAGUGGUGGCAGAAGCACUGAAGGAGAACAGGCGAUUAGCUCUGCUAAUGGUGGUCAUAUGGACUCUGCUGGACAAGCUACUUCUUUGAGCUCGUUAGAAGAAGUUGCACCUGGUUUAGCAAAACGCAUCCGUCGUAAGUUAACAUUUGAUCGUCAAUGUAGUGAUUCUAGUAGUUGGACUAUGUGCGGAGAGGACGGUGGUUCGGAACGAGUACGAUUCGAUGAUCAUGUCAGCGUGAUUGAAGCGGACCAAGAGAGGGUGAUGGGUGGCAAACUGGAAAGUUGUGCAAUAAAUAAUCGCUCAAUGGGAGGACGUAAACGAAACAAGGAUUCAGAAAUAGAAAUGGAGAUUCAAAAAAUAUCUAAGAAUUCAAAUGGUGAAUUAAAUGCCGAAAGUCCUGUAGAUGAUACUUCGCGGGAACGCGUUGUGGCUACUUUAAGAAAUGUAUUUUUUCAUACUUCAGCAGUCUCUACGGAUCGCGAGAAGCGAUUGUCUGUUAUAGAGGAACCAAUACCGGCUGUAUCGCAAACUUCUGGUAAUCGGAUUUUUACACCUUCACGUGAUGAGAGUCAGAGCCCUACUAGUACGGACGAGAGCUUACAAUGCUAGGAAAAUUAAGACUGAAUCUACAAAUGUCAUAAUAUGUGUCUCUCAAAACAUAUGUAUAGAUGCGUAUAUACAUAUUGUUGAGUGUGUAUAUAUGUAUUAAACUACAUAUAAUUGUAUAAUCCGUAAGUAUGAGCGUCAAGGUUGUACAUACCAUGUAUACAACACGCAUAUAGUUCAAAUGUUACACG